GGGGCGCAACGGCGGCGCCAAGGCGGGGUGGCGGUGCGGGCGCACGGCAAGCGCGGGCUGAGCUGCGGGACUGACGUAACGAGCUUGGGUUUCCCCCAGCGUCGGGAACAUGGAUGAGAAAUCCUACAAGCUGCUGCUGGCUUUGGUGAUGCUCUUCCUAUUUGCCGUGAUCGUCCUCCAAUACGUGUGCCCCGGCACAGAAUGUCAGCUCCUCCGCCUGCAGGCGUUCAGCUCCCCGGUGCCAGACCCGUACCGUUCGGAAGAUGAGAGCUCCGCCAGGUUCGUGCCCCGCUACAAUUUCAGCCGCGGCGACCUCCUGCGCAAGGUAGACUUCGACAUCAAGGGCGAUGACCUGAUCGUGUUCCUGCACAUCCAGAAGACCGGGGGCACCACUUUCGGUCGCCACCUGGUGCGCAAUAUCCAGCUGGAGCAGCCUUGCGAGUGCCGCGUGGGCCAGAAGAAAUGCACUUGCCACCGGCCGGGUAAGCGGGAGACCUGGCUCUUCUCCAGGUUUUCCACCGGCUGGAGCUGUGGGCUGCACGCCGACUGGACCGAACUCACCAGCUGUGUUCCGGCCGUGGUGGACGGCAAGCGCGACGCCAGACUGAGACCGUCCAGGUGGAGGAUUUUUCAGAUUCUAGAUGCAGCAAG